AUGACCAACCUGACCCUGCGCUCCUUCGCCUGCGCCGCCAUUCUCCUCAUUCUCAUCUACAACUUUUCUGCGUCUCUCACCAACUACAUCUGCAUCCCCUCGGGCAUCACCUCCGUGCCACCUUUCCUCACCUCAUCCGCCUCAUCCACCGCCGACAUGGCCAACGCUGUCGACCCCUCCACCCACCUCCGCCUCUCUCUUGCCCAAACCUCUAAAUCUCCGCCCACCCUCUCACUUACCGUCACCAACACCCACCCCAGCGCCGCCCUCACCUUCGUUACCUGGAACACGCCGCUCGACGACGCCCUACUACCGCUCGGUCUGCUCGCUAUCACCGACCCUACGACCGGCGAGCGCCUGAACAAGGACUCGAUCAAGAUUAACCGCAUGACGCCACCCGAGGCCGACGCUUUCGUCUCGCUCAAGCCCGGUCAAACCAGUGAGGAGCACGUCGUCGAGCUGCGGAACGGUCCGCUCGUGCCGCUCGAGAAGGUGAAGGGGGGAAAGGUCCAGGUGAAGGUCCAAGGCCAGUGGGGCGACGUGUGGGUGGAUGAGGAAGUUGGGCCGCAGCGGUGGGGUGAGAAGAGCGGGAAGGGCGUGAAGGGGGCGUUUGACAGUGGGGUUGUUGAGGUCGAGGUUUGA